AUGUCAACACCUCAAUCAACAUCAGAAUUAGUUGAAGAACAAAAAACUUGUGAUCUUAUGCCUCAGUUGGAAAUUAAAUCAAAUUUACAAUUAUUAAGAGAGCAAGAAAAGAUGGCUUUACAAUCUAUUAAUAAAUUAACUGAAGAAGAAAUGGUUUACAUCGACCAAUGGUUAUCUGUUCUACAUAAAACAUACGAAGAAUUGGAAUAUCCAUCAUAA